AUGAACUGCAUCAAUGCUAUCCUUUUGCAUAGCCCAAAUAAUUCACAUCAAAUAGACCGCUUGGUUAUUACGGGCGGAGGCGACUAUGAUUUCUAUGGUGUCUAUCAACCUCGACUUCCAGAUUACUUCCCCAUAUAUGCCCUCAAUUCCGAUAAGCUGGCGUCACAAAGUAAAUUCACAACGCUCGGCACAUACCAAGCUACAUAUUGCUCAGAAAAAAUAAGCCACAAGAAUAUCAUAGCUCUCGUCACUCAGUCCCUGGAACCAUUACCAGUCAGUGAGCAAUAUACCUUCAAGCGCAGGCCAAUUCCGGAGGAUGAUUGCAUGCGGUAUAUCCAGACCCAGUCAACCCCGACUCUGGAAAAACAAAAUGACGAGAUUGAAUUAAAGCUCCAUAAUAAGCCUCACAAGGCUCCGAUAAAACUGUCUAGAUUGCUUCGUACCGAAGUCUGCACUCUUCGCUACAUCACCAGCUUAGCCUUUGAGAGAAAAAUUGAUGUCGACGGUCGCUAUGCUUGCUUUGCCCCGUCGGAAGUUGGGGGGAUUGCAAAGGUUACGGCGGACAGGCCUGUGCGCACACAAGACCUCUUCCUAGGCAGUCGCCUGAGUCGAGGAAAGCAUUUACAUAAUAGACUCCGAGCCCUGACUUGGUACCAGGGCCAUCUGCAUCUCUUCCGAUGGGACUUGUUGAAAAGAAUUUGGUGCCCCUUGACGAACCUCACGCCUGAGCCGCGCAACGGGGCAUUAAUCGCUGAAUUUUUAGCCCAAAAUUCCCUUAAUCUGCACGGGUAUUCUCUCUACGUUUCACACCAACCCAAAAAUAUCAAAGAUGAGGGGAACCAUAAUCUAGAAUCCAAAAGCAGCAAAAAUCCGGCAGAAAAAUCAGUGAUAGAAUCUAUACCCAUAUUGAUAACAUUACACGAAAUUCCAUUUACACCUGUUUGA